AUGUCGUUCACAAGCCCAGACGUAGAAAUUGUCAAGUUUGUUACCAAAGUCGAAGGUAUCGAUGAGGUUAUUGAGACCCCAGUAUCUGGUGCCGAUAAGGUGUCAGUGAAGAUUCCUGAGAGCUCGAAUUACGUUAUGACGAUCCAUUUCAAGGCCAAAACUGACUUGAAGGAUUUCCGUUACAAGCAAGUGGUUAAGCGUAAGGGAAUUACCGUUAAAAAUAGAGAGGUGGAAAUUGGCGACUACGCUGCCAGCGACGAAGUUUACCUGAAGGAAUUCCCUCAAGAUAGUACACCUGGAGGAUUUUUGAUCCGUGGUGUGUACAAUGCCAAGUCCAACUACCAGGCCAAUGGCAAAGACAUUUUGAUUGUGGAAUGGGAAUUGGAGAUUGUUUCCAAGGCCUAG